AUGCACCCAGUUCCAUUACUUCCUCCAUGGCUUCUAGAGUCUAUAAAUGACGUGGUGCAAAAGCAGUCGAUAUACAGCAAUCCGCUAGUAAAGAAAUUAUUUGUCCACUACAAGGGACAAGGCAAGGUGAACGUGAGAGCCACUCCCUUAUUAAGAGUACUAGGGUUCUGCAAACCAACCAACGAUGGCGGGCUUACCGGGAUUCUACACGACCAAGACCACAAGAUUCUAGUUACAUUUGAUAGAAGCUGUAUUGAAGAUUUCGAAGUGAAACACUUGAGAAGACUCACAAACAAAACGGUGGAGUCCAUCUUCCUCGUUGAAAGAGCGAACCUCAGAUUCAUCACGAUCUUGGAAUUGCGGGAUAAAUUUGGUCAAUUGCCCGGUUUGAAGAUCGAGCCAGGCCUCGGGAUCUUGAUUUUAGAGAUUUUCAAAGUGCAAUGGUUCACAAAGCAGCAGAUCAGCGUGGCUGCAAAGGAAGAUGCUAUGUUGCCGUAUAUCUAUAAUGAUGAGGAGUAUAUCGCGAUGUGUAAGGAGAAUCCAGACUUGGGAGACUUGACGAAGCUGAUACGGCACUUAGAGGGAGGAAUCAUGUCAGAGGACGAAGUUUAA